AUGAUCGAAUGCUCUGUAUUUGGAUAUUUGAAGGAGAUCGACUGCAUCUGCAGCCAUCUGAGGCUAUAUAAAAGAACAGAAAAGAUUGUCAACGAAAGCAUAUAUUCCAAUGGGCCGAACACGUUGCUUGUGUCUGAAGAAAAUGAUGGCGUUUAUCUGAUAAGUAGGAGCGCACCAGACAGAAACAAGAAUAGGAUCUCACUUUGCUCAAAAGUGCAGAGGUCGAGAGUCAGAACACUCAACACUCUUAAGACGUUUCUGUCUUCACUUGGAUUUGAACUGGAGAGGCAAGGAAGGGUUGAGCUAAUAACCUUCGAGAAAGGCUCAAGCCAUAUCGAGAUAUCGAGGCAUGUCUCUGGGGAGGGUAGUAAUCACAGAGAGACUGGUGACGAUUACUACUUAGUCAAGGCAUUUAUAGUUUCAGGAAACGCACAUGACGGAGAAAGAAUGCUAAGCAGAAUGAUUGAGGAGCUCGAAGGCCAGGUCCAGCUUGUAAAGCCAUCAAUAAAAUAA